AUGAGUGGACGAGCUCCGUUGCUUGGCGCGGAGUUACCGAGUCUUAGUAAAGAUCGACGUCGCUUUAUAAUUAUUUCUAUAUUUGAUGCUACAUUGACUACGCUGCUUUGGCUUCUUUGUACGGUAACUAAAGGAGAUGACUGGCGUAAGGUCUUCCUUCAAGAGAUCAAUAUAUUUGAUGCACAUUUUAUGAGCAUAUCAUUAUUUGACAUAGUUCUUUGUGCAAUUCUACGGAUGGUUGCCCUUAUUCUUUUCUAUGCGGUUUUUGUCGUAGGACAUUGGCUACCCGUUGCUGUCACAACUUCCCUCUCAACUGUAUACAUAGUGAUAAAGAUUCUGUUCUUCUUUUCACAUAAACAAGGCGGUCUGCCGCAGUAUUUGCUGGUGUUAGCUUCAUUUUCAAUUGCAUGGUUCGAGCUGUGGUUAGUGCCGUUCAAAGUUUUGCCAGGCGAACGCCGAUGUGAGUUUCAUGACGCACUUUCGAACACUGGAUUUACUGGGCGUAACAACUCUUCGAGAGAUCCACACAGACGUAAUAGUAUUGCAAGGCGUUACAUGUCGGACGAUGAAUUCCGUACCGCUGUGGAGUUUUCUUCUGUUGAAUCGGAACUACGUCAAGCACGCCUGGGCGAGUGGAAAGUUAUUAAAGCAUGUGAUCCGUUGGUAUUACAGUCGCCAGAGUCCUCAUACUAUAUAAGGUCGGAGUUCUCAUGCUCACCACAGGAAUUAUUCAACGCAACAUGGAGAGAUGUGGUUCAAUGGAACAAGCAACUUCUAGAUGGAAAAGUCAUUGGAAAUGUGGAUUCCGUCACCGAUUUAUAUUACUCAAGGAGCUUGCCUGCUUUGAAAGGAUAUAUUGGCUCACGCGAUUUUGUUGAUAUUCGUCGAAUUUACUGCGAUUCUGUUGUUCAGUUAUACUAUGGUGUAUUUGUAUCUGUAGAUUAUCCUCCAAUGCCACCAGAUCCAAGCAAAAAAAUCAUCAGAGGUAUGAAUGGUCCAAGCUGUAUACGUGCAGGAAGCGAUGCCGCAACCGGGAAAUCCUAUUUGGAAUGGAUAAUGCGAACUGAUCUUAGAGGUGGUUUACCGAAGAGAUUAACACAAUCAAAAAUGCAUAGCUAUUUCAUCGAUUAUGUGAACAGUUUGCGUGAUUACAUUGAACGGCAGUCAGAGAAAUGA